CAUUCCAGGAUAUUCUACGCCACUUUCCUUUUUUAUUUUCUUUCUCGUCUCUCUCAGUAAACAGACGAAAACACAGUCCUCUGUUUCGAUGCAGAACAGAGUCCUAAUUUCAUGGACCCUAUCAUAACAUACUCCUCUUCCAGCUUCAAAAUACCCCUAUCAAGUUUUUGUUAUCCCUUUACUUCAAUCAAAUCUAAUACAACUUUCAAGAAACCGAGAAGAAAUGCUUCGUACAUCUCUCUUUCCUCUAACUCUGAAAACCCUACAUCUGUAUGGCAAAAAUACUCUUCAUCCAUUAAAAAGUUGCCGACUUUGAGAUCAAUCUUACAUGGGUUGAGAACAUUUGAUAAAACUUCAAUGAACCAAUGGUGUUCUAAUCGAGAGCCAAUAUCAGAUAGACUCGGUUGCAAUUACUUGCAGAAUGGAGGGCUUGGUAUGGCUCUAUUGAGUGUAACAUCAACCGCAAAGGUUCGAAUUAGCCCAUUUGUUGCAACACUAGCUGCAAACCCGACUUUUGUUUCUGCUUUUUUUGCGUGGCUAAUAGCACAGUCUUUGAAAGUUCUAUUACAUUUUUGCUUUGAGAAGAAAUUGGAUUUGCGAAUAAUGUGUUCUUCAGGGGGAAUGCCUUCUUCGCAUUCAGCUUUAUGCACAGCUUUGACUACUUCAGUGGCGAUAUGUCAUGGAGUGGCAGAUUCGUUAUUUCCUGUGUGUUUGGGGUUUAGUUUGAUUGUGAUGUACGAUGCUAUUGGUGUUCGUCGUCAUGCAGGGAUGCAAGCAGAGGUUCUUAAUCUUAUCGUUGAGGACUUGUUUCAAGGGCAUCCCGUGAGUAAAAGAAAGCUGAAGGAAUUGCUUGGCCACACCCCGUCACAGGUGGUUGCUGGGGCUGUGCUUGGGAUUCUGGUGGCUUCUAUUUGUUGUCAAGGUUGCUUCCAUGUGAUCUGAUCUCAAUUCUAUGUCUUAUUUUUGGUGUAUUCAUGAAUUGUGUAUAAAAUAAUAGAUAAGUUGUUUCAUUAUAAUCCCAAAAAAAUAGUUGCAAAGCAGAAA